AUGGAUACACGCUGGCGAUAUCAUGGCGCUAAACGUGGAGGAGGAAUCAAUGGAUUCAUACGAAAUCGUGGCAAAAAACCAAAAUCUGUUGCAACAUCGUUUAUUCCACGAUUGAAUGGAAAUGGGAAUCAUGAGGAGCGCGAUGAUAGAGGUGCUUAAUUUUGGGUUGGAAUUUGUUGAUUUCAUUUUUCAGAAGCUCCACCAAUUGAAAUGAAUUUGAAAGAUUAUCAAGAUGAGACGAUUUUAUGUUUUUCAUAUGCUUCAAGUCUUCUCGGCGCUGCAAUUUAUGAGCAAAGCACUCAAAUUGUUCGAGUGAUGAAUGAUAUUUCAGAAGAUUCGACUUUCGAAUAUAUUAAGCGAUGUAUGUAGUUUAAUCAUUUUCAAUGAGAAAUCUUUUUUUUUAGUAAUCGACACAAUUAAUCCCUCAAUUAUUCUUGCAAACAAUAGUCAAGACAUGAAAUUGAUAAAUAUGUUGACACAAAGAUGUGAGUAUUUCAUUAGAAAUAUAGUUGGACAUCGACUAAAUGACAUUUUCAGGUUUUUCAAGCAAAUGAGUUGAAAUAUUGGGUUCUAAUGUUAUUCAUAUGAUAGAAUGGUCCAAGACGAACAGAGUGAUAUAAAUUUUGAUGACUUUACGUUAUCCUUAAAGCAACACCCUCGUAUAAUAGGCACUUUCUUGAAAAAAGCCCAAAUGUUCUCAAAUCUUAGAUUUAGCUUAUUUUUACUGUUUUCUAGUUCGGAGAAAAAAUUCAAAACGUUUCAAUAAGUAUUAGCCGAAAUAUGGGAGCCCAUUGAAAAACUGAAAAAACUCAAAUUCAAACAACGCGGGCUAGCGUCAACGCGGAGUCUCGUUGUUUUCUUUUUUAUUUUUUCGCAAAAUUUUUCCGUUUUUUUCGGAAAAUGACAAUUUGCAUGGAAACAACUGUUUUCUGGAUAUGAAAAAAAUAAAGUGAAGAAAUAUAAACACGAAGAUUCAAUAUUUCAGACGAAAACUAAAUUUUUCUAUGGAAAUUGUGUUUUUUAGUUUUUGACCGGAAUAUGCAAUAUAAAACUGAAAUAUCAUUGUCAAAAAUGAAAGUAGAGAUAGUUAAGUAUGUUCAGAAAUCAUUGUUAUAAUUUAUUUCAUUGUUUUCAGUGAAACAAUUCACUUUUUGUUGAAAAAAAAGUUGAAAGGGGUACUGUAGCACACAAUUGUCGUCACAGUGUUUGCACAAAUGUCAUGAAAUUGCGGAUCUGCACAAUCUGCAGGCGAUUUUCAAAAAAAAAUUGUUUUUUUUUUCAAAAUCGGUCAAACUUGAUCGUUUUUGAGUAUUUCUUCUUCAUAUUUCUUGUGAGUAUAGCUGGAUAGGUUAAUUUUAUAUAUUUUGGUGUUUGAAAGCAUUUCGCAAUGGCCUUAUUAUACGAGGGUGUUGCUUUAAGUGAUUUAACAACGUUUAGUCGAUAAGGUCGCUAAAUCACUUAUGGCUAACGUAAAUUCAUCAAAAUUUAUAUCAUUCUGUUUGUCUUAGACCAUUCUAUCAUAUGAAUAACAUUAGAACCCAAUAUUUCAAAUCACUUGCUUAAAAAACAUGAAAAUGUCAUUUAGUCAAUGUCCAACUAUAAUGAAUAAAUUACAGAUGGCUCGAAAGAAGAUGUUGAGGAAAAUGCGAGAAAUCAAGAUUUAUUAUCCGAUUCUAUACCUCGCUGGGAUCCAUCAAUAACUACAGAUGAAACAGACACAAGAAUAGAAGAAGAUCCCGAUUCAGAUGAAGAAUUUGAUAAUUCAAGUCUCGUCAAAUUCAUAAAACUCACCAAUAAUUUCUAUAGUAUGUAUUUGGAAGUUUUUGGCUGUAACUUCGUUAGUCGCGUGCGGCUGUGCGUCGCGGUUGGGAAACAAUAAAUAAUUCAUUUUUCUGACCGCGACGCACAGCCGCACGCGACUGACGAAGUUGAAUUCUCUGAAUUUCAGGAUUCAAAAAAUCGAUGGAUCGUUUGAAUGAGUUGUUCAAUGCCGAUGACGUCACGUCUACAGAAGAAGAACGAGAAUUAAUGGUGAAAAUGAGGAUUGAUAUGAAUUCAACGAAUAUGAUCCGAUCAUUCGGAGCAUUGUUGUUUUAUUUGGAUGAAACACGAUUAGGUGUAGAAAAUGCGCCUUUAAAUGUCAGAUCUCCAGUGAAAGCUAUCAAAACUUUUGUUUUGUAAGUUUUUCCCUCCAUCUUCAAUCAAAUAUUAUACUUAAAAUUCCCUUUUUCUCAGAGGAAACCACGUGGAAAUUGAUUUCAACACGUUCAAAGCGUUGGAUAUAAUGCAUUGCGAUGAGAAGAGGAAAAAAGGUGUUCCGCAAAAAUAUUCGAUUUUUGCGCUUCUGAAUCGAUGCAAAAGUACGAUGGGAAGAAGAUGUUUGAAAAAAUGGUGUAGAAAUCCGACGACAAGUCGAGAGAUUUUGAAGAUUCGCCACAAAUUUAUUCAUUUUUUCCUUCAGGAUUGUCAUAGGCCGAUGACUGCGAAAAUUGUUAGAUUACUGAAUCAUGUUAAGGGAUUAGAUGUUAGUAGGGCUGAUUUACGAACGAAAAAAUUGUUUUUUUGUUUUAUUUUAGCAAAAAUCAGCACAAACUUCUGAAAAGUAGAUUUCAAGGUCGAUUUUCAUCAGAAAUCACCUCAGAAGCUUCGAAAAUCUCGAUUUGUCAUCAUUUUUGGCUGAAAACCCAUGAAAAACUAAUUUUGACCAACAAUUUUUUAACUUUUCGUGAAUUGAUUUUUCAAUGUUAUGGGUCUAUGCAGAAUAAUAUUUUGUAAUAAAAAAACAUAUUUUUACAAUGCAGAAAAACGUCGAAAAAACAAAAUAUACAGUUUAUUAUUUUUGAGUAGAGACAAUGUGAAAUUGAGAGAGUGCAGACAGUUUUUUGUAUUUUUUGUGCGAAAAAUCAAUUUUUCUGUCUGCACUCUCUCAAUUUCACAUUGUCUCUUCUCAAAAAUAAUAAACUGUAUAUUUUGUUUUACGGCGUUUUUCUGCAUAGGGAAAAUAUGUUUUUUUAUUACAAAAUAUUAUUCUCAAUUCACGAAAAGCCAAAAAUGUCGAAAAAACAGUGUAGGCCAAAAUUCAAGAUUUUUCAGCCAAAAAUGAUGACAAAUCGAGAUUUUAGAAGCUUCUGGGGUGAUUUCUGAUGAAAAUCGACCUUUAAAUUCAUUUUCAGAAGUUUGUGUAGAUUUUUCGUUUCAAUUUUUGAUUAAUUUCGAAAAAAAAAUAAUAAAAUGAGGUUUUGAAGCUUCUUCCUGAUGAAAAUAAGCUUCGAAAACCUUAAUUUAUUUUUUUUUCGAAAUUAAUCAAAAAUUGAAAAAUUUUUAUUUCACCAAAAAUCAGCAGAAGCUUCUGAAAAGUGGAUUUCAAGGUCGAUUUUCAUCAGAAAUCACUUCAGAAGCUUCAAAAAUCUCGAUUUGUCAUCAUUUUUGGCUGAAAAACCUCGAAAAACAUUUGUUUUUCGUUCGUGAAUAAACGCCUUGAAAUGAACUCAAAAAAUUUCAACGUGAACUUUGCCACGUGUCUAAAAAUCCCAUCAUUUCCAGCACAUUUUCCACCGCUUCCAAACCGGAACCGCUGAAUUAAUUCAUUGGGAUGGAUUUAUUCAAACAAUCAGUGCACUUUGUGAAAUUAUUGAAGCUCUACAAUUGACAGCACUGCGAGAGCACAUUUUUGAGGAACAUGUUUCGAUUCGGGAUAUUUCGGAACUUAUUGUUAUUAUCAAAUCGAUUGUAAUGAUUUUUUCGGAAAUUAUUGGCUAACAAGGGAACAAGGAAACUUUUUCAACUUGCAAUCGAGAUUUCUAAUGAAAUAUAUGUUUUCUAGUAGUUUCCGACCCGCUGAUAACGAUCCCGCUGUCUAAAACUGCAAAGCUCAACUCCUAACUUGAGUUAUGACGUGGCAAAAUUGGAAAAUUUGCGACUUUGUAGGGUCAGAAAUCGCCUUCAAAAUUAUUUUCAUGAAAAUCUGAUAGCAUAGCGUUGUUAUGAAAAUAAUUUCGAAGGCGAUUUCUGACCCUCCAAAGUCGCAAUUUUCCAAUUUUGCCACGUCAUAACUGAUGUUAGGAGUGGAACUUUGCAGUUUUAGACAGGGGGAUCGUGAUCAGCUGGUCGGAAACUACUAGAAAACAUAUAUUUCAUUAGAAAUCUCGAUUCCAAGUUGAAAACACAGCCUCCUUAUAAAUAUAACCUAUUAUCGAAAAUCUCCACGCGCUCCACCGAAAUAAACACGCAACGCAGACCGCGUCGCGCCACAACACACAAAAAAGGGAGGGAAUUUGAAUCUUUCCCUCAUUUGUGUGUGUUGUGGCGCGACGCGGUCUGCGUUGCGUGUUUAUGAGAUUUUCGAUAAUAACAAACUUUAUUUUCAGAUAGAUUUCGAGGAAUCUCGCACCGAAGGUCGUGUCGCUGUUUGUGUUGGCGUUGACAAUUACCUCGAUGAAUAUAAAUACACAUUCCGUGCUCUUCCAUCUGUCCUAACUUCCCUCGCAGAACAAGAAGCUGAGCGCCUUGGAAUAUCUGGAGACGACAAUUGCACCUGUGUUUAUGUCCCUUUAAUUGGCUAUCUGAUUUCGUUACCAAAAACUUUCCCGAUUCAUGAGCAUGAGGGGAUUCAAUUGGUUUAUGAAACCGAUUCAGAAUUUCGAAUCAAAAAUGAGACAACUGAAUAUCUUGAAGAAGAGAUUGGUGAUAUUCGAAUGCAGAUUAUUGAUCGAGAAGCUUCGAUAAUUCUUCGUCUUAAGAAAAUGAUUCUGCAAAAGAAACGGAAAAUCCUCUCAUUCCUAAAUAUCGCCUCACAAAUUGAUGUUUAUAUUGCACUUGGAUUAGUCGCUUCAGAACUCGGUUGGAAUUGUCCGAGCCUAGUAGAAGAAUCGAUCAUCGAAGCGAUGGAUUUGAAUCAUCCCCUUGCCGCAAAAAUCACAAAAAAUGAAUUUGUAUCAAAUCGCGUUGUUAGUGGAAGUGAUGGAACGAGAGUUAGUAUAAUUACCGGGCCAAAUGCGUGUGGUAAAAGUGUUUAUAUGAAACAAGUUGGUGUUUUGGUGUUCUUGGCGCAUAUUGGAAGUUUUGUACCAGCAAGACAUGCGAAAAUCGGGCCGGUUGAUCGAAUUGUUACUAGAAUGUUUACGGUGGAUACGGUUUUGGAUGGAAUGUCGACGUUUGCGAAAGAUGUUGAACAAGUUGCGGUUGCUUUGAGAAAAGCCACGAAUAAUUCACUUGUUAUUGUUGAUGAAUUUGGAAAAGGAACUAUGAUGGUACCUAAAAAUGUUUGGAAAAUUCCCAAAAAAAGUUUUUUCCAGGAAGUUGGCCUAUCACUUCUCGCCUCAACAUUGACGUAUUGGAUUGAAAAAGGAGCGGAAAAGUGUCCGCAUAUUUUUAUUUCUUCACAUUUUCAUGCUUUACCCAAGUAUAUUCCUGUUGAGAAUAAUAUGGUCGCAUUUUUGGUGAGUUUAAAAAAUUUUAGACUAAAAUCAUCGCUAAACUGGAAAAUUUUCCAGUUUUGCAAAUUUUUGACCGGGAAAAAAAGAUGAGCAAAAAAUAGUAUAAUUUGAAGAGAAUUCUCAAAAAAUGCUCAGAAAUCAAUUUUUGACUAAAAUCAAGAAUUUUGGCUCAAAAAAGAGGGAUUUGGAAAGAAAACUGGAAAAUUUUCCAGAUUUGCAAAUUUUAGCCGGAAAAAAAUUGAGCAAAAAAUAGUAUUUUCUAUGAAUAUUACUCGAAUUUAAGCCUAAAAUCUUGAAAUUUGACUUGAAAAAGAGGGAUUUGCAAAAUUGGAAAAUUUUCCAUUUUUUCAAAUUUUUGACCAAAAAUAAUAAUAUUUUGUAAUAAAAAAUCAUAUUUUUCCAAUGCAGAAAAACGUCGAAAAAACAAAAUAUACAGUUUAUUAUUUUUGAGUAGAGACAGGGUGAAAUUGAGAGAGUGCAGACAGAAAAAUUGAUUUUUUGUAUUUUUUGUGCGAAAAUUCAAUUUGUCUGUCUGCACUCUCUCAAUUUCACAUUGUCUCUACUCAAAAAUAGUAAACUGUAUAUUUUGUUUUUCGACGUUUUUCUGCAUAGGAAAAGUAUGUUUUUUAUUACAAGAUACAGUAGUGGCCAAAAAGCUAUCACCUUUUUAUUUUUUGCUAUAAAUCGCUUGAACUAUAUCGGAUUGGGCUCAAAUUUUUUCUGAGCUAUGUGGGUGACUAAUGAAUAUAUUUCGAAGGUAUUUGUCGAAAAAAAUUUUUUUGAUGGAUCUUCAGAUCAUUGAAACUGAUUUUCAGGAAUCUGAAUAUUUUCACUUUUUUCAAAACUGACCGGAAAACUUCGAAUUGGCGGAAAAUGAUAGAAUUACUCAAUUUCUGUCAUAGUAGACAUCUCUGGCUUUCGAUUCCGACCCUAAUCUUGAAUAUUCAUUCAUUGUGAGAUCUAUUCCGAUGGUUUCAGUGAGACCAUCUAGAAAAUCUGAAAUGUCUCAAUAAAUCGAUUUUCAUGACUGAUUAUCGUCGGAUAUUCAAUAAAACACUUCAAUUUGAUCAUUUUCUUUCUUAAACUUCAUUUUCGAAUCGAAAUCCGAUGUUUUUUGUAUGAUUUUGACAUUGAUGGAAUUCCGAUCUUUGUCUAGAUCUUCCAUUCUAGACCAUCAAGGACAUCAAACAUUGAUUUUAGUGAUGAAUUUUAUGCUCAAAGUGUCCAGGAAUACGUUUGACAAACAAUCUCACCUCUACAAACAUCAGUGGUCUCAUAUGAGAUCAUUGAAAACAAAACUGCAUUUUUGUGAAGAAAACCAAUGGAAAACACUAUGAAUUUGAGAACUUUUUAUUCAACGGUGCAUAUUUCAAGAGUUAGGCUCAGCGACCUUGAAGUCGAUUGUGGCACAUAAACAGAAUCACAUUGAUAACAAAAUACAACAUCAAAAUCAAUUUUUGAUGUCUUUGAUGGUCUAGAAUGGAAGAUCUAGACAAAGAUCGGAAUUCCAUCAAUGUCAAAAUCAUACAAAAAACAUCGGAUUUCGAUUCGAAAAUGAAGUUUAAGAAAGAAAAUGAUCAAAUUGAAGUGUUUUAUUGAAUAUCCGACGAUAAUCAGUCAUGAAAAUCGAUUUAUUGAGACAUUUCAGAUUUUCUAGAUGGUCUCACUGAAACCAUCGGAAUAGAUCUCACAAUGAAUGAAUAUUCAAGAUUAGGGUCGGAAUCGAAAGCCAGAGAUGUCUACUAUGACAGAAAUUGAGUAAUUCUAUCAUUUUCCGCCAAUUCGAAGUUUUCCGGUCAGUUUUGAAAAAAAGUGAAAAUAUUCAGAUUCCUGAAAAUCAGUUUCAAUGAUCUGAAGAUCCAUCAAAAAAAUUUUUUUCGACAAAUACCUUCGAAAUAUAUUCAUUAGUCACCCACAUAGCUCAGAAAAAAAUUUGAGCCCAAUCCGAUAUAGUUGAAGUGAUUUAUAGCAAAAAACAAAAAGGUGAUAGCUUUUUGGCCACUACUGUAUUAUUUUGCAUAGGCCUAUUAAAAAUUGCAUGAUUUAAAAUUUCGCUUGACAAAAUUCUAUGGGCAGCUGCCAUCCUAAAAAAAAUAUAAAAAAUUCAGCCGUCGAAGAGCAGAAAAUGGCAUUUUUGAUAUGUCAUAACUUAAUUUAGAGACGAUUUUAUGAAAAUCUGAUAGCAGGAGGUUGUUCCGGAGGGUCGAUUCACUAAAAAAUUUUGCAAAAAUGUCCCCCAAAAAUCAUGUUUUUCCCAGACAUUCCGUGUAAAUCGCCUAGCUGGUGGUCGAACCGAAUAUUCAUUCAAACUCGUCGAAGGAGUCGUCGAUUGUUCAUUCGCAAUGAGUGUCGCAAAAGACGAGGGAAUCGAUAUUGAAGAUGUCGGAAGAGCUUGUCAAAUCUAUGCAAGUAUUAAAGAUGGCGCAUCAAUUGCCUCAAUUCAAUUGAAAUCGAGAGAAGAAUCGGGAGAAUGUGAAGAUGGAGUUGAAAAAAAUUGUGAUCAGGUUUUGGAGGCUGAGGAAGAUCAGGAUUUGAUGGAUGUUGUUGAGAAGAUUCAAUUGAGGAAGAUGGAAAAUGUGUUGAAGACGAAGGCGAAACGAACAUUGGCUGAUGAUAAUUUGGUUGGUGAUACGAGAGGAGUUGAUAAGAGAAUGUGGGAUUCGACGGUGAGUUUUUGAGGGCUUCAAAAUGAGACCGCACAUGGAUAGGUUUGCAAUUUUGCGGCGUGGUUUUUGAGGAGCUUCAAAUUGCUCAUGUUAACUUUGAAAAAUGUUCAAAUAUUGAUGAAUUGAACUGAAAAUGGACUUAUUUCGCAAAAAUUGAAGUGGCCGAAAUAUUUUGGUGGCCGAGAAGUGUCGGGAACUCGGCCAUAGCAACAAGUUCGCUCUAAUGUUGCAAAAAUUCUCAUUGUUGGCCGAAUCCCCGACAUUUCUCGGCCACCCGAAUAGUUCGGCCACAUAUUUUUUUCAUUUUUUCAUUUUUCUGAAAUUUAUGUUCAACUUCAAUUUUUUUUAAAGAAAAAUUAAAAAAACAUAUGUGGCCGAAAUAUUUUGGUGGCCGAGAAAUGUCGGGAAUUCGGCCAACACUGAGCAUUUUCGCAACAUCAGAGCGCAUUUGUUGCUUUGGCCGAAUUCCCGACAUUUCUAGGCCACCGGAAUAGUUCGGCCACAUCUUAUUUUUUCUGAAAUUUAUAUGUUCAACUUCAAUUUUUUGUGUGCAUUUUAAGUUUCCAAUUAACAUGAGCAAUACCCAGAAAGUCUACAUUGCUCAUAUUAGAGUCUAAUAAAUUUUUCCAGCAAAAUUUGCUACGCGAAGAUGAAAAUAUCACCGAAGAAACUCAAAUGCAGGCUGAAAAAACUGAAAAAUGGAUUUCGGAUCAAAGGAAACCUAGGUACCCAUAUUUUAUCGAUUUUUCCCCAAAUCUCAAAAUUUUCAGCAAUUUGUCAGUGUCUUUUGCAAUAACUUCGAAAUCUGGAGAAACGAAAGAACCAUCGGAUUUGUUCCAGUAUUUGGAGGAUGCUUUUGGAAAGGAGAAAUCGCCGGAGAAAUCUGCUAAUUCACCAGGAAUUCAGGAAAAUCUGGAAAAACCGAAACAAGUUGCGAUAACUCGACAGGAAACUCCACCUUCUCCAACUCUUUUUUCCGAUGAUGAUGAAGAGGAAGAAGAAGAGAGAACUGUGGUUUUGACAGAAGAAUCGAUGUGAGUUGAAAAUUAAAGGGAAUUUCAUCACAGAAUUUUUUCUACAGAAGUUCGGCACCAAUUUUCUCAACGCCGCAAAUGGAAGCGGCUAGAAAACGGAUGAAAUUAGAUCUUUCUUCAUCGAAAUCGAAGGAACCUCAAUUCAAAACUCCAAUAUCAAUAUCGAGAAAUUCAAAUUCCCCGGCUAUUCGAAAUGCGGAAAAUCUGAAUACAACAACACAAAGCACUUCAGCUGCAGCUCAGCAACUUCUAACACAAUCAACGCAAAGGUUAGAAUCUCAGAAGUCUUCUAGAACUGAAACUCCAAUGGAAAUUCAACAAUCUGAAUAUCAAACACAAAGAUCUUCGAGAAAUUCAACUCGGAAUGAUUUAUCGCAAAAAUCUGGACUGAAUUCUUCAAGGUAAAAAUAUUCUCAUACAUAAAAUGGGUCCCCAGAAUCGGGGUGAGGGGCUCAACUUUUUUCAAAAAUCUGAAGGGAAGGGUGCCUAACUUGGCCAAUUUUCUGCUGCUGAUUUACCGAAAUUCCCAGAUUUGUCCAAAAUUCGCUCAAAAAUGUGAGGAAGGUGUUUAACUUUGGAAAAUUUUCAAGGAGGGGCCCUAACUUUGAAAACUGACUCGGGAGACCUAUUUUAUGUUUUUUUUUUAUUCUAGUUUAGAACACACCUCGGCCAAAACCGUAUAGUUUUCAAAAUAAAAAAAAAUUGUAUACGCUAAUUUUUUACAGUACGAAAAAAUUAUGAAUCAAAAAUUUUGGUCCUCUAAAAACUGAAAUUCAGAUUUUUCCCCAAAUUGUACUCUGGUCAGCCACGGAUUUUGAAAAGAAAAAAAAUAUUUUCAGAUCAGAGAAGCGUUUUGGAGAAUCGCCGGGGCAAAAAUCAAUAAUGAAUACUUCAAGGUAAAUAUUAUACGUAGUUUUGGAUUUGGAUAAAAAUAUGGGUUUUUUUUAGAUCUAGCGUCCACACCACAAUUCCAAUAGAAUCUCAGCAGUCUUCUAGAACUUCAACUCCAUCCAGUCGGAAUGAUUUAUCGCAGAAAUCUAUGCUGAAUACUUCAAGGUACUGUGAAUCAAAAUUUCCAAAAAAAAAUUUUUUUCUUUCAAAAUUUUUUUCAAAAUUUUGAUUCGGGCGUGAAUUCAAAAUUUCCAAAAAAAUUUUAUUUCAAAAAUUCUUUCGUGAAAAAAGUAGUCUCGUGGUCUAGUCGGUAGAGAUUGGGCGUAAUAAUCAGGUGGAAUCCUGUUGGGCGAAGAUGUGUAUGAAUUUAAAAUAAAAAACAUUUCGAAAAGUUUUUCAGGUCAAGCUUCGCUGCUGAAACUCCAAUAGAAUCUCAGAAGUCUUCUAGAACUUUGACUCCAGCCAGUCAGAAUAUUUUUUCACAAAAAUCUAUGCUAAAUACUUCAAGGUAAGAUUAUUUUAGUUUUGAAAUUGAAAUAAAAAAAAGUUUUUUCAGGUCAAGCUUCGCAGCUGAAACUCCAAUGGAAUCUCAAAAGUCUUCUAGAAUUUUAACUCCAGCCGAUUUUUCACAAAAAUUGAUGAAUACUUCAAGGUACUGUAAUUCUAGAUGUAAAUUUGAAAUAAAAUCUUGGUUUUCAGAUUUAGUGUCCGAGCUGAAACUCCAAAAGAAUCUCAAAAUCCAGAUUUCCCCACUCAAAGAUCUUCUCGAACUUCAACUCCAGUCACCCGAACUGAUUUAUCGCAAAAAUCGAAUAUUUCAAGGUAAAAUUAUACCUUUGUUUUGAAUUUGGGUCAAAAUUCUAGUCUGUUUUUUUUACAGAUCUAGCGUCCACACCGCAAUUCCAAUAAAUUCUCAGAAGUCUUCAACUCCAGCCAUCCGAACUGAUUUAUCGCAAAAAUCGAGGUAACCAAUUUCCAGUUUGGCUUGGAUUUUUCUUGAUUUUUCAGAUCCAGCGUCCACACUGCUAUUCCAAUUUCCAGCCCUGAUAUUUUACAAAAAUCGAUCCUAAACAGCUCUAGGUAUGAAAGUUGCUUCAAAUUAUGUAGAAUCUCGAAAAAAUCCCCUUUCAGAUCAAGCAUUCGAAUUCAAGAAUCUCAGAAAUCUGAAAAUGCUAGUCGAAAAUCAACAACAUUCAGAACUCCAGUAUCUAGCAAUAGUCAAGCUGGAUUUCGAGCAAUUCCAAUUUCUGAGUAAGCUAGAUCUCUAUGUUAUUCUAAUAAUUUUCAAUAAUUUUCUUCCAGAUCUAUGCCAUUCGAAACAUCGUAUCUACCACCAAAAACAUCUAGAUUCUCACCAAAAAAUCGAAGUUCAGCCUCAACGCCGAUUGCAAUUGUGACACCGAAUUAUUCGAAUUUCCGACCGGUUAUCAAAAGAUCGGAAUUUAGAAGUGGAUUGAUGAAUAGAUCGGUGUUUGAUCUAUCAGCGACCAGAAAGAAGUCGAAUAAUUUGUUGUUUUCUGAUUCGAAUUUGAACUCUCCAGCAGCCAAGAAUUUGUCGGAUUCACAAAUAUCGAGACAAAAUUCUGUGUGUAGUUUGGAGCGAAGGUGGGAUUUUUUUCGGGAAAAAAGGAGUUUUGAAAUAUUGGAAUUGAAUUUCAAUAGAUUUUUUUCAUAAAAUUAAAAAAAAUUAUCACGAUCAAAAUUCCCAGGAAAAUUGUAUUAUUUUCAAAAAAAUGUCGAAAUUUGAAGAUUUUUCGGAAUUUGAAAAAAAAACUCCCAAAAUCUUUGGCUAAACCUCUGAUUUUUCAACAAAAAAAAAAAUUUUUACAAAAAUUUUUUAAAUUAAUUUUUUCAACUUGAACCCCAUAAAUCAGAUUUUUUUCAUAAAGUUAAAAAAAUUAUUUUUCACGAUCAUAAUUUCCAGGAAAAUUGUAUUAUUUAUUUUCAAAAAAAUUUCGAAAUUUGAAGAUUUUUUUGUGAUUAGAAAAAAAUUAAUUACAAAAUCUUUGGCUUUACCUUGGAUUUUUCAACAAAAAAAUAGGAAAAAAAAAAUUACAAAAAAAUGUUUUUUAUUAAUUUUUUUCAAUCAGAUUAGAUUUUUUUCAUAAAAUUCCAUCAGUCCAAGCUAUAUGAAGCCGCGAGUCGGUGGAUUAUAGUGCUGAGCCUCUACGUGGCGAUGGGGAUUUGCACACCUGGUUUACAACUUUACGGCAAGGUUUGGAGCCCUUGUCCAACCAGGUGUGUAGCCAAGAAGCUGGACAUUCUCCCGAGUUGUCGCCCGCUGUCUCCAAGCUGGGUUCCAACGAGGCCCUAACUUAGGCCUAGCAAGCCUCUGUAUGGGUAACCAGGAGAAAAAACUUGUAGCUAAAAACAGUUCCAAAAACUGCCUCAGUCCUCCGCACCCCACCUCUGCGUUCAACACGACGGGCUUGAAAACAAAUGGGGAGAGGCGAUCAAAUCUCGGAGCUCCGACCACCCGUCAUUGGAAAAAGGAUAAGGAAAAAUGCCAGCCAAAAACCCGAAAAACCGACGCCAGGAUUUGCACAUUUAACUGCCGCUCUAUCGCCACCGAUGAUCGUCUUGCUGAUCUUCUUCAAGAAGCUGAUCGAAUCAAAUACGACAUCAUCGGAUUAUCUGAAACAAAGCGAGGGGCAGAAUUGCAAGCCAAAAGCGCUGACGGAACUGGUAUUUUUCUAGGAAAACGAAAUGAAGCCUCGGUAUCUGGAGGGGUUGGAUUUAUCACUCAUAAAUCCAUGACUCCAAAAGUCAAAGAAGUCAAAUUCAUAAACCAUCGAAUCGCAACCCUCACUUUUGGUGUUUCAAAAAGAUUCAAUUGCACAGUCAUACAAACCUAUGCACCAAUUGGAACAUCAAACGACGAGGAAAUUGCAGAAUUCUACGAAAGCGUUGAAGAUGUCAUCCGCCAAUCCAAAUCAAAAUUCAAAAUUAUAAUGGGCGACUUCAACGCAAGAAUCGGCUGCCGAGCAAACCCGUCUGAAACAUUCAUUGGCCCACACUCAAUGGAAGCCAGAAACGAACCCGGUGAUUAUCUAGCAAGUUUCUGUGAAAACAACCGUAUUUUCCACACGAACUCCUUCUUCGAAAAAGCCUCAAAUCGAAGAUGGACUUUUGUAUCACCUGAUGGCAAUCACAAACACGAAAUCGAUCACAUCUUAGCCAAUGGCCGCUUUUUCACCGACACACACGUCGUACCCUCUUUCACGAUAGGAAGCGACCAUAGGCUUGUUCGAACCCACCUCCACUUCAAUCUAAAAUUCGUGAAACACCAAGAAUUUAGGUCGAGGAGGCUGCCAAGGAAAAUGAUCGAUGAGUCGCUGAUAUCCACGAACUGCGAACUCACACAAGAACCACCACCAAAUCCAAUCAUCGACGUGUAUUAUAACAACAUUGUGAACAUGCUAAAUUCGAUCCAAGAGAAGUCAAUGGUUCCACAACCAAACCACUCGAAGAAUCGAAUAAGCGAAGACACUCGAGAACUCCUGAAACUUCGGCGAGAAAUGGACCGAACCAGUCCAACAUUCCACAUCUUCUCCGCACUAUGCCGCGACGAAAUCGCAAAAGACCACCAAGAAUUCGCGACAACACGAUUAGUAAACGCUGCAAUGGCUAAGAAGAGUAUGAAAAAAGUCGCCAGGAACCUGGCAGAAUACUCAUCAACAAUUCCAAGUCUGAAAUCAUCCACCAACGGGAAUCGUAUCACCCAAAGACGCGGAAUUGAACAAGAAAUUCAGAAGUUCUACACAAACCUGUUCAAAAGUACCAUCAACCCAACAAUCCAGAGACGCCCAAGAAGACUCGGAAAACCACCAUCAUUUCUCCCGUGCGAAAUCCGCUCAGCGCUUUCAACUUUUCCCAAUGGGAAAUCAGCUGGAGAGGACAAAAUCACGGCCGACUUCUUGAAAAAGUGCACGGAAAAAAUCAUUGGGACGAUCACAAAAUGCUUCAACCAAAUCAUUGACCAGUGCCAAAUCCCACAAGCUUGGAAAAAUUCAAAGACGAUACUGAUCUUCAAAAAAGGUGACCGCGAAAACUUGGAGAACUACCGACCAAUCACCAUCCUACCGGUACUCUACAAGCUCUUCACAAAAUGUAUUCUACGCAGAAUCCGUCGGACACUCGAAGAAGCUCAACCAAUCGAACAAGCGGGAUUUAGAAGAUCUUUCUCCACACUGGACCACAUUUCAACCAUUCAAAGAAUCCUCGAGGCAAGCCGAGAACACCAAAUUCCACUGGUGUUAGUAUUUGUCGAUUACCACAAAGCUUUUGAUAGUAUCGAACCAUUUGCUGUCUGGACAGCACUACAAAAUCAAGGAGUUGAUCAAUACUACAUCAACAUUCUUGAAAAAUGCUAUCAAAACUGCUCCACCACAAUUUCCCCGUUCUUCAAGAAAGUUACAAUCCCGAUUUCCAAAGGAGUCAGACAGGGAGAUCCAAUCUCCCCAAAUCUCUUCUCUGCGUGCAUCGAAGAAAUCUUCAGAUCGACAAAAUGGGAUGAUUAUGGGAUAAAUAUAAAUGGUUGCAAGUUAAACCACCUCAGAUUUGCUGAUGACGUAGUUCUUAUCGCACACAACCCACACCAGGCGACGUCAAUGCUCAAUGACUUGGUCAAAGAAAGCGCGAAAGUUGGUCUGAGAAUCAAUGAAUCAAAAACAAAAUCCAUGCGCAAUCGAUUUGCUAUAUCAAGUCCAAUAACAAUCGCAAACACCCCAAUCGGAAAUGUUGAAGAAUAUGUGUAUCUUGGAAGACAAUUGAAUCCACCAAAUGAGAUUCUUCCAGAAAUUCACAGAAGGAGAAGAGCCGGUUGGGCCGCAUUCAAAUCUAUCGAACAAGCGACAGAUUCCAUGACCUGCCAGAAAACCAAGGCGAAACUCUUCGAUCAAACAGUCCUCCCCGCUCUAUGUUACGGAGCCGAAACCUGGACCUUGACAAAGAAAAAUAGUGAAGCACUCCGAGUUUCACACGCGGCUCUGGAACGAAGAUUAGUCGGAAUUAAAUUGAGCGAACAACGCGAACGCGGAAUACAUCAAGAAGAUAUUCGUCGAUUAUCGCAGGUGAAAGAUCCACUCAAGCACAUCCGCCAACAAAAACUUCGAUGGGCUGGACACAUCGCAAGAAGAACCGACAGCCGCUGGACAACAACAACCCUUGAAUGGUGCCCUCGUGAUUGGAAACGACCAGUUGGAAGACCGCCAAUGAGAUGGUCAGACGAAUUAAGGAAAAACUACUGUAUAUAUGACAACAACAACAAAAUGGUCAAACAUUGGACUACUCGUGCCAAAGACCGAGAUUUAUGGAGAGCUGUGGUCCGCGCUAUAAGCUGAUGAACGGAUCAACUAAGUAACUAAGUAAGUAAGUUGGCUUUACCUUUGAUUUUUCAACAAAAAAAUAGGAAAAAAAAAUUACAAAAAAAUGUUUUUUAUUAAUUUUUUUCAAUCAGAUUAGAUUUUUUUCAUAAAAUUAAAAAAUUAAUAUUUAUUUAUUUUCAAAAAAAUUUUAAAUUUUUAAAUUUUUUUGUAAUUAGAAAAAAUCCAAAUACAAAAAACUUUUUCUCCAGAUCAAAUAUCACACCACAAAAUCAAUAUGAAUCGCCCAGAUCUUUCUCAAUCGUAACAUCAUCGUCACAAAAAUCGAUAUCUUCAAGAAAUACACCAAAUACUUCAAGGUAACCCCAAAUUCUAGCGAUUUUUCUCAAUAAUUCAUUAUUUUAGGUCCUAUGUUCCAUCCCCGAGUUCUCCAAGCGAUGAAAAAUUCGAAUUCGAAAUGAACGCGAAUGAUCCGAUUUAUGGGAAUCGUGAAAUCGAUGAUGAAAAUGACGUUGAACCAAUGGAUGUCUCGGAAAAUUCUGUGAAAUUCUCCGGAUUCUCCCAGGAACAUGCAGCUGGGGAUUUUUCGAAUUUUUUUGAAGAUUCAGAAAAAUCUCUUUUUAUUGAUUCGCAGGAUUAG